GAGGGCAGUGCAGUGGGGAGGGAAGUGAAAGGGGAACAGUAGCGAGAGGAGGGAAAGAGGACAGGAGAGGUGAGGUUGAGAGAAGAGAGAGGAGGGACAGAGAAAGGAAGAGAGGAAGGGGGAAAAAGCCAAUAGGGCAUAUAUAACACAUUUAGAAAGCCACAGUAUGCCUGUCAGAAUAGUACUGUGCACACACAGCCAUCCUCAAUAGAAAAAUCCUGGAAGCACUUACGGCCAGGCAGGUACUAUCUCCUGGUAAGGAAAGAGACCGGGGGGUCUGUCUUUUAUGGUCAUGAAAUAUACCGGCAGAUUUCUAGGAAGUUUCUAGUCCAUUGGAUGAUUUUAAGACUCAUAGUCCUCCCCUGAAGAUUCAACACAAGAACGGAAGUGAAGUUAAAAAUUAAAUUUCCAACUUUGACCUGGGGGAUCAAAGGAUAUCAUGAAGGAUUUAAAUAGCUGAAAUUAGCAAAUCCAGAAAUACAGUAUUAAAGUUGAGAGGAAAGUCUUCACAGGGGAAGAAGGAAUCACUUUUCUGUCCUGAAUCAGUGGGUAGAAAACGAACCUUUCAGCAAGAAAAGAAGCAACCAGAACACACUUAGGCAAAUGGAUAACCAGCUCCCUCCCAGGAAAGCUCCAAAUUUUUGUUCCAUUCGCUAUGGACUCGCACUCUUCCUGCAGUUCUCUAAUGUUGUGAUAAUAUCACAGCGUGCAUGUAUAAACCUCACAAUGAUAGCAAUGGUGAACAGCACAGAACCACAUGGUUUAUCCAACACCUCCACAAAGGAGCUCCAGGAUAACAUAAAGAACCCUGUGUAUAACUGGAGCCCUGAAAUACAGGGGAUCAUCUUAAGUUCCAUCUUCUAUGGUGUACUCAUCGCCCAAAUUCCUGCUGGAUAUUUAUCUGGAAUAUACUCCAUAAAGAAAAUGACUGGCUUUGCAUUAUUCUUCAGCUCUCUGUUUACCCUGCUCAUCCCUCUGGCAGCUGAAUUUGGAGAAAUUUGGGUCAUUGUGUGCCGAAUACUCCAGGGACUAUUCCAGGGGAUAGCAUUUACAACUCAGCAAGUAAUAUGGGUCAAGUGGGCUCCUCCUUUGGAACAAGGCCGACUCACCACUCUGAGUAUAUCAGGACUCCUGCUAGGACCCUGUGUUGUCAUGCUCUUGACUGGAUUCAUCUCUGACUCCCUGGGAUGGCCCAUGGUCUUUUAUAUUUUUGGUGCUUGUGGCUGUGCCUUAACUCUUUUCUGGUUCAUUCUGUUUUAUGAGGACCCAAAUGACCACCCAUGUAUAAGCAUUAGUGAGAAGGAAUACAUCACGUCCUCCCUUGCCCACCAGGACAGAUCAAGUACAUCAUCUCUGCCCAUCAAGGCUAUGCUUAAGAGUCUUCCACUCUGGGUCAUUUCCCUCUGUAAUUUUGCCAUGUUCUGGACAAAUAGCAUCCUGAGUUUGUAUACACCAAUGUUUAUCAACUACAAGUUCCAUGUUAAUGUAAGAGAGAAUGGGCUGCUGUCUUCCCUCCCCAACUUGUUUGCCUGGAUUUUUAGUAUCCUAGCAGGUCAUAUGUCAGAUACCCUCCAGUCCAGGAAUAUUUUCAGCUUACUCACCAUCCGGAAACUCUUCACUUCGCUAGGACUUCUCCUGCCUGCCCUCUUCAGCCUAUGCCUGCUUUACCCGAGUUCCAGCUUCUAUAGCAUUAUCAUUUUCCUGAUACUUGCUAGUGCAUCAGGAAGCUUUGCUUUGGGCGGAAUAUUAAUAAAUGCCUUGGAUAUCGCUCCCAGAUACUAUGGAUUUCUUAAAGGAGUUACAAAUUUAGUUGGAAUGACAGGAGCACUAAUUUCUACCACUCUGACUGGAAUGAUUCUUAGUCAGGCUUCAGAAUCUUCCUGGCUUAAAAUCUUCUUGCUGAUGUCAUCCCUUAAUGUGAUAAGCCUAAUUUUCUACAUUAUAUUUGCUAAAGCAGAAAUUCAGGACUGGGCUAAAGAAAGACAAACCACGUAUCUCUGAAGCCUUGUUUUUAGGUAUAAAAGUCUCCUCUUUGGAUGAAACAUUGGCUUCCCUGAAACCAAAGUAUCUCGCAUGUAACUUGGUGGUUCAUUAUCUGAAGAUGAAAUAUGCCCUGUUGACUACGAACAGUCUGUGGACAGUCCCUGGGAGCUACAUUUGGAAGUCUUAGUCAUCUCUGAUAUUUGUCUAUAUCAGAGGUAAAUUUUUCUCCUGCUAUCCUGUAUCCUUUACCUCUAUUAAAGCCUUACAUGAGAA